AUCGUACAGGCAGUGGUCGAGUCGGGGAAACUCAUCCUCGUCGUCAGUCCGUCUUUGUUGGAGGCAUCGUCGACGACGAUACAGACGCGUUGUCGCUGAGGUCAACCGCUCCAUCUCCAUCCAUCGAAGCCUGAAAUCCCCCGACUCGAGCCAAGCUCUCGUAUUUAGCCGACAGUUGGCUGUUGGGAGUCAGACAGUGUCAUCAACGAAAUGUGCCUCAGGUCCUGCCGUUCGUGAAAGACAAACGACGCUGGUGCAGCAUUGAUAUUUCUCUUUUGCGACCAGCCGCAUACUCGAACAAUUAAUCAUAUCGUAGGCCUUACGCAGAGCCUUGUUGAGCCCGCUAUAAAAUUAUAUUAUUGCGGCUAUUGGCUGAUUUAUCCUCGAUCGGGAUUUACCGGGGGUAUUCUUUUCGUCACACAUCAGCCAACUACAGGUGAUGCUGUUCUACUUGGGAAUUAUUUUCCUUGCGAUUUCGGAAUCCAAUGGACGUGAGUAUGAAAGGUUUUUUCCUCCAGAAGAAUCAUGCCGGAGCGUGUCGGGUACCGCGGGCGACUGCGUCAACAUCAACGAGUGCGGACAGCUUCUGGAGUUGUUGAAGCAGCCCCGACCAUUGCCAACCUCAACCUUGGACAUUCUAAGCAGAUCCCAGUGUGGAUUCGAUGGCAGUAUGCCGAAGGUUUGCUGCCCACGGAACACGCAGCCUGCACCGACGGCGACGAACGCUCCAGAUAUGACAACCGAUGUUAGUACGAGAGUUCCACAGCCGCCGGACGUUACGCAUCAUCCGAAUCUGCGAUUGCUCGACCACCAACGGUGCGGACCGAUCACAGAGUCAAAAAUCUUCGGGGGUAACAAAACGUCGGUAUUCGAAUUCCCGUGGAUGGCAUUGAUCGGUUACGACGUCGGAAAGCGAGAUCCCGAGUUCAGGUGUGGAGGUUCCCUGAUUUCUAAACGAUACGUCUUGACCGCCGCCCAUUGCGUUACCGGGCUCUCUUCGUCGCUCCGGUUGGUGGGGGUCCGAAUAGGUGAACACGACCUCAGCAAAGAGCGUGACUGUAACUAUGAGGAAGGGGUCGAAAUCGCCUGCGCCGCGAGGUACCAGGACUUUUUGGUCGAAAAGUCGUACGCCCACAGUGGAUACAAUAGGGAAAAGCUGCAGAACGAUAUAGCGCUGAUUAGAAUAAACGGGGAUGCUGAUUUCCAGCCGGACAGCGUAAGGCCGAUUUGUUUACCAAUUGGGAACGCCGCGACGACCCAGCGACAAAAGUUGAUCGUUACUGGAUGGGGUACGACCGAGUCGGGUUACAGGAGUCAAGAUCUGCUGAAGGUGAAGCUGCCGGUGAUGCCCAAUCCCAAGUGCGCCAGCUUUUACAAGAACCUCUCGAACCCGCUUGAUAUAUCGUACAAGCAACUCUGUGCCGGUGGUUCGAAUCAGAUGGACUCCUGCUCGGGAGACAGCGGGGGUCCCGCGCAAUUUCCGGGAUUAUAUUUCAACGGCCAACCGAGAUAUAUUCAGUUCGGAAUCGUCAGUUUUGGACCAAAGCAGUGCGGAAUCGAAGGAUUCCCCGGUGUCUACACGAGAGUCCCUUACUACAUGGACUGGAUACUUAACACAAUGACCGAAUAAUAUUUAACACCUCUUAUGUGAAUAGACUGAAAGAAACGCACGAUUCCACGGCAUGAUUUACAAUCAGGCUGCACUAUCUGUAAAUACGCUCUUAGAUGACGGUGAUUGUAGGGUAGGUUAGUCGCAAAAUUCAUAGCGAAUCGUGUAUAAGGCUCGGCUCUGUUCGAUGUUAUUGCGUAGUUAAAUACGUUCCCUCUCCGUAUAGCCACAUGCAUGUAUAACAUAUCUGACUACAUACGUACGCGAUUUAUACGAUACCGUGGAAUGCAUAAUACUUUUUGGCAAUUGCUGCGAACGCGCAUCAAGAAUUGCACUUCGCUACGAGGUAAUCCUUUAUAAUCAGUUAACCUAAUUAAUUUGUUUACUUUAUCGCUAUAUUAAUAAAACAAUACUUUACAA